AUGGCUGGAUAUGGUGUCUCUUAUCCCAAACUCAACGGGAGUAGUAUCUCCUUCCGUGUUUUUGGCAGGAUAUUCAGCUCGGUUUUGGCUAUUGUAGCUCUGGCACAAGUUGUCGCCGGGUACGCCGGUAUCUGUGGCCAAGAUGUCACCUACGGAGAGGUGUGCAAACAUUGUCUUCCCACUGACACGCAUAACGGCGGCGGCGGCCAGGCUGUUGAGGUAAGAGAAAUGGAUGUAUUCAAUGCAGGUCUUGAAAAACUUCCUAAACGCCUGGCUGAGAAACUUGCAAAGUACCCACCACCUGCUCAAAUCCCUAAGAAGCUUGCAGCACGCAUCGCCGUAUACUUUGCCGGUGUUAUCGCUGACGAAAUCUCCAGGAAUGGCGAUGAAGGUCUCAAGGCCGAUUUCUGGACACUUGUCACCGAAAAUCACCCCUCCAUUACUAAGGUACAUAAUGCAGUGCGCUAUGGGAGACGCAUCGAAACGCCUUUUGACAAGUUUAUUAAAAGCCUUCAAUCACUACUUGUCACCGGUAGGCAUCGUAUCGUCAAGCUCGUCAAGGAUCCAAAGCAACGUGCAGAUGUCAGAAAACGUUUGGAAUACUUCCAAACCGAUGCUGAUAUUUUUUAUGAUUCUGCUUUCUGGUGGAAGCGUAUCGCCGAGUUCUUCAAACACCUAGACGGCAUGAUUAGCAAGAAGCCUUGUGACACUAGGCCCUCCAGAGUGGGAGAUGGAUCUGAAGCAGAUGAUGAAGAUGCUCGCAAGGCCCGCCUUGCCAUGGAAGAAUGGCUUACCUCUGAAGUAACGGAUUGCCCUAUGUGUACUGAAGGAAGAACCGACGCAUGUGUCAAGCAUGGCGCCAAGGGCAUCGACUACCAAGGUGGUAGGCUUGCAAGAUCACUUGCCAAGGUGAGAGCUGAAAGGAUACGUCGUGAGGCUAAACUCACCAGGGAGCGUUACAGGAGUGUUGUUGCACAUCUUCCUUCACACAUUGCCAAGAAACUCUGUUAUCCUCUCGAUUACAAGAUUCCUGAAGAGUCACUCAUACCGCUUGCUGUCUACUUCGCUGCUUUGUUUGCUGAGGAUAUUGCUAACAAUGUCAAUUACCAACCUAUCAAGGGACGCUUCUGGGAUCUCUUCGUACACAAAAACGAUAAUCAUGAGGGAGAUUACAGUUACCAACCUAUUGAUGAAGACAAGCAUCCUCUUGAAAGGCUCAUUGAAGAUCUUCAUUCCCAGUUGGUCAAGGAGCGUCGCAAGGAUCUCCUCGACCUUCUCGCCGAUCCCAAAUCACGUGACUAUGUCGAGCAACGUAUGGAGUUGUUCUUCGAGCAAGACCACAACUAUCCGUUUCACGACUCUGUUACCUGGUGGAACAACGUCGCCGAGUUCUUUAAGGAACUCAACACACUCAUCGGAACCGGUAAGAUGCCAGAAGAGACUGGUCCUAUCUACGGUUUAACUUUGAUUGAGAUUGAAGAGGCCAAGGAAACCGCUAUUGAAAGGUUCAGGCUCUUGGUUGAUCAGCACAGCGAUCGUUUCAUUGGAGAACUUCUUGAUGAUCUCCUCGAAAAACUUGAGUGGCAACGCUUCAGGCACAGACCUGAUGAAUCUCAUGAGUGGCUUGCCAAGCAGCCACAUUACCAAUUGCCACUCGAUCUUGUUGUUCUUCUCGCUAACCACAGGCAAGAAGACGUUCCCGAAGAGAUUAUCGAUGAUAUCCUACAUCGCUUCUUCGACAGAAUCAGCGAUCAGAUCAUCGACCAACUUCCAUGGCUCCUUGUUGGUCACCUUGCUGAUCUAAACUCUCCCGAUAUUGAUGAGAAGACUAUGAAGGAGAUCUUGCAGCAAUACAUCCGCAACCACAUCACUUUGAACAUGGCUGGCUUUGACGAAGAGAUGGACGAGUUGAUUAAAGACGUACCGUUGGCCGAACCAUCUCAUUAA